AUGAGUUCUCUCCUUUUCAUCAUCCUCCUUGGGGGAUCUCUCGUCUCUUUGUCGUCACAGACAGAUUUGCAGAGCGAUGUUUCCACUUCUAACAGCACUACCGAGCGGGUCGAGCAACAUAUUGUCGCACCCAAGUGUGACUGUUACGUGGUCUCCGGGCCGGAGCCAGGCUACUUCCAGCAUUACCGCUUCUAUGAUUUCCGGCCUGCUCCCGCGAGAGACACCCCGAAAAAGGGCAUGAAGAAGAAAAAUGACAAAAGGGAGAAAGAUAAGGAGAAUAUGGGACCCACGGGGAUCAACAGUCGUCAUCACGCCCUGAAUGGACACGUCUUCUUUAAGGAAUGGAACAUCCAGAGCUGGCACCGUGUCGGGUCUACGCUGUUCCCCAUCAGCAUCGUCCACUCCUAUGACAACGUCUACAUCACCGAAGGCAAGGCAAGCAGUUCCGACGGAUCAUACCAUUUGGUACUCCGCUCAACCAGACAUGAGGACUACACUUCAACUGCAGAAGUCCAGACCUCGGCGGAGAAUAUUCUCCACUGUUCCUACCGCGUCCGCAUGCGGCUCUACUCAACUUCCCAGGGUGGGUCGGGCAAGAUACUACCUCCCCCCGGCGGUGCCGUUGCCGGGAUAUUCACCUAUCACUCCCGAAACAGCGAAUCGGACAUUGAAAUUCUUACCAUCGACCCUCCUAAUCGUGUGCACUACUCCAACCAGCCGGAUUGGGACCCGACCACCGAUGAAAUGAUCCCCGAGGCCAGUGACGAUAUCGAUAUUGAAGUUCCUUGGACGGACUGGGCUGAUCAUCGUCUUGACUGGCUUCCGAUGCAAAGUCGCUGGUUUCUCAAUAACGACCUAGUACUUGAAAAGGGCUAUGGCGUGCCUUCGUCUCCGAGCGCUCUCGUUCUAAACUUGUGGAGUGACGGCGGCAUGUGGUCGGGAAAUAUGUCUGUAGGCCAAUCGGUAUAUAUGGGGGUUGAAUGGAUUCAAAUCGCAUACAAUACCUCCACUCAGCACGUUGGAGAGACACAUGACCCCCACACCCAGUAUGUGGACCAUGGCAAUCGCUGGGGAGAGCGGUUUCGUAGCUAUUUCUGGAGGAGUCGUUGGCGUCAUAGGUUCAACUUGGGCAGGAUGAAACCUGCAGCAGGGGAGCCAGAGAAGAAUCCUGAAGGCAAUGAUGGCAAUCGUGAUGGACGUCCGGUUCAACAGGAAGACCGAGACCGCGAUUACGACUACGACCAGGGCGAGUAUGCUUCUGAUUAUGAUCACGAAGAUAGUCACAGCGGUGAUCGUGAUGGUGGGAAUCCUUCCAAGAAACUCGAAUGCGCUGUUGUCUGUCAGAUUGACGACGUAGGUAUGACCGGCGUCCCUGAGGUUGUGUGGGACGCAUCUUGGGAGCAACACUGA